GGCCCAGUCGGAAAUUAGUUAGUUCACGGCAGCUGCAAAGAUGCAUUCGACAACGAGACGUUUGGCCCUGGUCGGUAUCCUGGUGGCUCUGGGCGUCACCGCCUUCGCCAAGCCACAUGGCAGUUGGAGCAGCGGUGGUGGCGGCAGCGGCGGCGGUGGUGGAGGCUGGUCCUCAGGCGGCAACAAGAUCAGCAUCAGUGCCUGGCCCUCCAGCGGUGGUUGGUCCUCCGGCGGAGGAGGUGGCAGCAGCAGCGGAGGCUGGAAAAGCGGCGGAGGCAGUGGCUGGCAGAGUGGCGGUGGAGGGGGAGGCAGUGGCUGGAAAAGCGGAGGAGGAGGCGGCAGUGGCUGGCAGAGUGGCGGUGGAGGAGGCAGUGGCUGGCCAAGUAGCGGAGGAGGCAGCGGUUGGUCCUCCGGUGGAUCCUCGGGCUGGCCCAGCGGCGGAGGCGGCGGUAGCUCUGCCUGGAAACUCAGCUCGGGCGGUGGAGGUGGCGGUGGAUCCGGCUGGUCGAGUGCCUUGUCCGGCCUAUCCGGCUGGAAGUCCCAGGCCUUGUCAAGCCUAAGCAGCGGCUGGAAGAGCGGCGGAGGAGGAAGCGGUGGAGGCUGGUCAAGUGGUGGAGGCGGCGGCGGCUCUGGCUGGAAGAGCGGCGGAGGCGGCGGCAGCUCUGGCUGGCAGAGCGGCGGAGGCAGUGGAGGCAGCGGCUGGUCGUUGGGCGGCGGCAGCUCCUCAGCCUGGCCCAGCAAGAGCAGCAGUGGCUGGUCAUCCGGCGGCAGUGGCGGCGGCGGCUGGAGCUGGUAAAGAGAUGCACAGAUGCGUGAUCCACAUGACAACAGGCGACGAGGCGACACUAGAUACCACACUGCUCCACUUGUACAUAAAUAGCAUUUCUCUUCUUAAGUUUA